AGACCCACCGGACGGUGCUGAACCAGAUCCUGCGCCAAUCCACCACCCACCUGGCCGACGGCCCCUUCGCCGUCCUCGUCGACUACAUCCGCGUCCUCGACUUCGACGUCAAGCGCAAGUACUUCCGACAGGAGCUGGAGCGGCUGGACGAGGGGCUGCGGAAGGAGGACAUGGCCGUCCACGUCCGCCGCGACCACGUCUUCGAGGACUCCUACCGCGAGUUACACCGCAAAUCCCCUGAGGAGAUGAAGAACCGCCUGUACAUCGUGUUCGAGGGCGAGGAGGGCCAGGACGCGGGGGGCCUCCUCCGGGAGUGGUACAUGAUCAUCUCGCGGGAGAUGUUCAACCCCAUGUACGCCCUGUUCCGCACGUCGCCGGGCGACAGGGUCACCUACACCAUCAACCCCUCCUCCCACUGCAACCCCAACCACCUCAGCUACUUCAAGUUCGUGGGGCGUAUCGUGGCCAAGGCCGUCUACGACAACCGUCUGCUCGAGUGUUAUUUCACCCGGUCCUUCUACAAGCACAUCCUGGGCAAGUCUGUCCGCUACACGGACAUGGAGAGCGAGGACUACCACUUCUACCAGGGCCUGGUCUACCUGUUGGAGAACGACGUCUCCACCCUGGGCUACGACCUCACCUUCAGCACCGAGGUGCAGGAGUUCGGGGUGUGCGAGGUGCGGGACCUGAAGCCCAACGGGGCCAACGUGCUGGUGACGGAGGAGAACAAGAAGGAGUACGUCCACCUCGUCUGCCAGAUGCGCAUGACCGGAGCCAUCCGGAAGCAGCUAGCCGCUUUUUUGGAGGGUUUCUACGAGAUCAUCCCCAAACGUCUCAUCUCCAUCUUUACGGAGCAAGAGUUGGAGCUUCUCAUCUCGGGGCUGCCCACCAUCGACAUCGACGACCUCAAGGCCAACACCGAGUACCACAAAUACCAGGGCAACUCCAUCCAGAUCCAGUGGUUCUGGCGAGCGCUGAGGUCCUUCGACCAGGCGGAUCGAGCCAAGUUCCUGCAGUUCGUGACGGGGACGUCCAAGGUGCCGCUGCAGGGUUUCGCCGCCCUGGAAGGGAUGAACGGCAUCCAGAAAUUCCAGAUCCACCGCGACGACCGCUCCACCGACCGCCUGCCCUCCGCCCACACCUGCUUCAACCAGCUGGACCUGCCGGCCUACGAGAGCUACGAGAAGCUGCGGCACAUGCUGCUCUUGGCCAUCCAGGAGUGCUCCGAGGGCUUCGGGCUGGCGUAGCCGGGGGGGCCCCCCGCCCCCCCCAGACCCCCACCCCCGCGGGGGGGGGGGGCCGCGGCAGAGAUGGCAAAGGAUCUCUAUAAAUAUAUAUAUAUAUAUUUUUUGGUUUCGGUG